AUGGAGUUCUUGCAGUUCGCUAGCCAAAUGAGCGAACAGCAUUUCGGAAAAAUGGGCAAGGAAAUGAGCCAGCGGGCCAAAAGGAGGAAAUCCUGUCAUCUAGAAGGCGGGGAUUUUUUGGCGGAGCCACCUGUCAGGCAGAGGAGCCAGGCGAAUGCCAGGGAGAGAGACAGGACUCACAGUAAUUCAUGUUUCAGCGUCAACACAGCGUUUUCGACACUCAGAACCCUGAUACCCACAGAACCGAAAGACAGAAAACUGAGCAAAAUAGAGACGCUACGAUUAGCUUCUAGUUACAUUUCACAUUUAGGAACUCAACUCAUUGCAGGCCCAAUGGAUCAACCAUGUUUGAGGCUCAUGAAAACAGCAGAAGAAACCUCGAAUUCGAACAGACAUCAAGUCUGCACGUUCUGUAUAGCUCACAAAAAAUCAACAAAAACCAUACUCACUGAAGAUUUCGAGUGCCCAAGUUUUGAAGGACAAGUAUUUUUGGCACCUGUUUCAGUAUCCAACAUCAUGACCAUGCAUCCCAAUCAGAACGAUUUAAACAUGAAUUCGUGUGCAGAAGACUUAUCAACCAUGUAUUAUUGA